AUGGUUCGUUUCCAGGAGCCCUCACAGGACGAGCCUGUGACGGAGAGAGACAGCACCACAGAGACCCUGUUCCCUCUGCAUGUGGUGGGCGAGUGGACCAGCAGCAGUUUUGAGGAGCUCUUUGUGUCUGAGGAAUGGCAGGACAUUACAGAGGACCGUCUCUUAAGGAAAAAGGUUCUGGAGGUGGGGAGCCCCCCCUGUCCCACCUGGAGCCAGGAGGUGACUGUCAGGAUGCAGGCCGUGCUGGAGGACCGCACUGUGGUGGAAAAGGACAGUAAACUGGUGUUUGUGAUCGGAGAGGAAGACGUGAGCCAGGCUCUGGAGGAGUGUGUGCUCUCCAUGAAAAAGGGGGAGAUUGCAUUACUGUUGGCAGAUUCACAAUACGCCUAUGGACUUCUUGGAAGAGAGCAUGACAUUCCAGCCUGGGCCCCUCUGCUCUACCAGCUGCAGCUCUUAGACGUCCAACAGAAAGCAGAUCCUCAGACACUGCCCAUCGCUGAACGCAUUCGCAUCGCUAACCAAAAACGAGAGCGUGGAAACUUCUACUUCCAGAGAGAGGAGUUCCACCGUGCAGCCAGAGCUUACUGCAUGGGUCUCGAGGUGCUCUCCACAAAGUCUGCAGGUGAAGCUGGAGCAGAUGAGGAAGAGAUCAAGGACUAUCGCCUCAAAUGUCUCAACAAUCUGGCCAUGGUGCAGCUGAAACUGGAGCAGAACGAGGAGGCCCUGAAAACCUGUCUCGAGGUUCUGCAGCUGGACCCCCACAACGUCAAAGCCUUGUUCAGGAGCGGAAAGCUCCUGUCAGAUAAAGGCCAAUAUAAAGAGGCCAUGGAGCAGCUGAAAAAAGCUUUGAAACAAGAACCAUCAACUAAGGCGAUCCAUGCGGAGCUCUCUAAACUUGUGAAGAGACAGUCAGGAGGCCAGGAGACCAAACCCCUCAAAGCUCCUCACACGUUGAAAGAGGGGAAAACACCCUUUCUGUUUUCGAAGAAGACACAGACUUUGGGACUUUCCUGGAAGCUUUUACUUGGGGCUCUGAUGGUGGCACUCGCUAGGACUGGAGUCUUCAUGACACAUCAACAUACUGAGGAGGACAGCAUUCCAACCACAACUGAACAGCUGGAAAAGGAAGAACGGGGCGGCCCAUCACAAGUGAUGUGCCUGAAGACACGGGGUGUCAUGGAAGUGGGAACACAGACUGAGCCUGUGGUUGUACUGUCACUGGCUCAGGCCGCUGUUCUGGGCCUCAUCUCGCAGAAUGAGAUCUUUAGAGGAACUAUUGCCCCUAAUGGAUUCUACAAUGGAGAGCCUAAAGAGUGCACUGCCACUCCACAGGAGGAGCCCAUGGAGUAUGAGUAUGCUGACCGGCUUAUUGGAGCAAAUGGGGACUACUUACGGGAUCCUGCUGCAGAUACUGAAGCUCAAUGCAAAGAGACAAGACAGCCUCAAGAGAGGGACAGGCGACUGGACUGUCAUCAGAAAACCUCCAGUCCAGAAGCUCACAUUAAAGGGGAAAGACUUGAGUGUGACGACCGCCCAUCAUGUCCAAGCAGAUCUGAGGUGGACAGCCAACAGGCCUCUCCCAAAGAGGAGCCGGUCAGUGUCAUACAUAUGCCACCACAAGGUGGUGUCUUGGUGGAGGAAGUGCCAACAGAAAGGCAGGAAGAGGCAUUGAACCUGAAGAUCGGUGGGGACAAUGAUGGUUCACAAGAAAAGAGCUAUUAUGAGUCCAGUGAGCCAGCCUACGAAGCCUCUGAUGAACCCCCACAGGCAGAGUAUGAGGGGACAGGACAGGCCAUGCUGUGGUCUGACCCAGAGGGCCUUGCUCGACGAAUGCAAAUAGAUCGCCUGGACAUCAACGUUCAGAUCGACGAGUCGUACUGUGUGGAUGUGGGAGAGGGUUUAAAACGCUGGAAAUGUCGCAUGUGUGAAAAGUCCUACACAUCGAAGUACAACCUGGUCACACAUAUCCUGGGACAUAGUGGUAUUAAACCACAUGAAUGUGUGCACUGUGGAAAGCUCUUUAAACAGCCGAGCCACCUCCAGACUCAUCUGCUGACCCACCAGGGCACACGGCCGCACAAGUGCACCGUGUGUGAGAAGGCUUUCACCCAGACCAGCCAUCUGAAAAGACAUAUGCUACAGCACACAGACAUAAAGCCCUAUACCUGCCGCUUCUGUGGCAGGGGCUUUGCCUACCCGAGUGAGCUUAGGACCCACGAGAACAAGCACGAGAAUGGCCAAUGUCAUGUCUGCUCUCAGUGUGGACUAGAGUUUCCUAGCUAUGCUCAUCUCAAAAGACAUCAAGUCACCCACCAGGGUCCAACCAGUUUUCAGUGCACUGAGUGCAACAAGUCCUUCUCCUACCGCAGCCAGCUCCAGAACCACCUCCUAAAACAUCAGAACGUACGCCCCUUUGUCUGCCCAGAAUGCGGCAUGGAGUUUGUCCAAAUCCACCACUUGAGACAACAUGCACUAACGCAUAAGGGCAUGAAGGAGUUUAAGUGUGACGUUUGCUCUCGAGAGUUUACACUGUCAGCCAACCUGAAGAGACACAUGCUGAUCCACGCCAGUGUCAGACCUUUCCAGUGCCACAUCUGUUUUAAGACCUUUGUCCAAAAACAGACUCUGAAAACACACAUGAUUGUCCAUCUCCCUGUCAAACCCUUCAAAUGCAAGGUGUGUGGAAAGUCAUUCAACAGAAUGUACAACCUCCUGGGCCACAUGCAUCUGCACGCAGGAAACAAGCCGUUCAAGUGUCCUUAUUGCAGCAGCAAGUUCAACCUGAAGGGGAACCUCAGCCGCCACAUGAAGGUCAAGCACGGCAUCUUGGACACCAGCAUCGAUGGACAAGAACAACAUCAAGAUGCAGAUGGUCAAGAGAACUACGAGGAAAACUUUGAUUUCAGUGAAAGAGAAAAUCGUGGCAAUAUCAACAACAGCAGCACCAAUAACACAGAAAAUAGUAAACUUUCACCAAUGGCAUAUUAUGGCACCUACGGUAAAAACACAGGGCGAUACACCCUUCCAGAUAUGAUAAAAAACAACCCAUAA